AUGACUUCCCAAACGGCGGUUUUCACCGGGACGGAAGGAAGUUAUCUUUUGCCUCACCAUGUCACCGAGGCGGAUCGCCUCCAACGUCAGCAUCGCCAUUUUACAGACGCCUCGAAUCAUGCCUAUUUUGGGUUCCCUCUGCCACCGUCAACAGGGCGCCCAUUGCGUAUCCUCGAUAGUGGGUGUGCGGACGGGGUCUGGUUGCACGAUAUGGCGAAGCGGUACCCGGAACAUUCCUGGGACCUGCACGGCGUGGAUAUCGCGUCCCAUUUAUUCAACGACAGCGUAGAUAUUGACUUUCGCUACCACGACAUACGACAGCCUUUCCCGUCGGACUGGCAAUGGGAAGGCUCUUUUGACAUUAUUCAUCAGAGGUUGCUAGUAUGGGCCUUGAAAAAGGACGAGUGGCCUCAAGUUGUACGAAAUUUGCAAUCAUUAUUGAAGCCCGGUGGUACUAUCCAAUUCGUCGAGUGUCAAUGGCUGCGCCCAGAGUACUGGGAUACCCACCCACAACAACGUCUACUGGCGUCAGUACAGAUAUGGGCGACAGAGGGAAACGGCAUGGACAUCCAUCUCGCUGAUAAGCUAGAGCCGCUGCUGGAGGAGCUCGGAUUCAAAGAUGUGACGACGGUCCGAUACCCUCUACCAUAUGGUGCUAAGGUUGAAGACCCUGCCAACCGCGAUAAGUCGGCCGAGCUGUGGGUGGAGAGCUUCCGCCAUUUGGCGAGACUGAUGGGCGACGAGGGGAUUCCAGGCGUCGCAAAGACUCCAGAGGAAUAUUUUGCUUUUUUGGACCGGCUGGUGGUGGAGAUGAAAGAAAAGGGCUACGUACCGGAGCUGCGCAUGGUGUCUGGUCGGAAGGCGUAG